UCUUUUUUUAUGUUGGCUCAGUUCCUGAAACUAUUUGUCAAGCUACACACAAACACGCACACUUAACCGAACACUAAACAUGACAAGUCCAACUGAUUCCAGUGAGUUGCUGUUUUUUGUGAAUGGGAAGAAGAUUGUUGAGAAAAAUGCAGAUCCAGAGGUCAUGCUAUUGCCAUAUCUGCGAAGGAAGCUUCUACUACCUGGUACAAAAUAUGGAUGUGGAGGGGGUGGAUGUGGUGCCUGCACUGUGAUGGUGUCCGUAAUUCAUCCAGUCACCAAGAAGAUUCAACAUUAUUCAGCCAAUGCCUGCCUGCUGCCAAUAUGUUUGCUACAAGGAGCUGCAGUAACCACUGUAGAGGGAAUUGGAAGUACAACCACCAGACUGCAUCCCGUACAGGAGAGAAUAGCAAAAGCCCAUGGAUCCCAGUGUGGGUUCUGCACCCCUGGAAUGGUGAUGUCCAUGUACAGCUUACUGAGAAACCACCCUGAACCCACCAUGGAGCUGAUUCAUGAAGCCCUUGGAGGUAAUCUGUGUCGCUGUACUGGAUACAGGCCAAUCCUGGAUGGCUGCAUGACCUUCUGCAGUAAGAAAGAUUGCUGUCAGCUAAAGAAAAAUCAGACUUCCUGUGCGAAUGAAGAUAUAGACAAUGCUAAUGAAGUAAAUGGUCUACAAGAAACGGACAACUCUGUUCCUUCUGUGUCUGGAAAUAUGUGCACAGGAUUAUUCAAAGAAGAUAAUUUUGUGCCCCUGGAUCCAACCCAGGAGCUUAUAUUUCCACCAGCACUCAUACUAAUGAACAAUGAAGACAAGACAAGUCUGAGAUUUCAGGGAGAACGAAUCACAUGGUUUUCUCCUGCCAAUCUCCAGGAAUUACUGCAGCUGAAGGUUGCAUAUCCAAAAGCACCACUUGUAGUUGGGAACACUACUGUAGGCCCGGAGAUGAAAUUUAGAGGAGUGUUUUAUCCGAUCAUCAUCUUCCCUGGAAGAAUAGCUGAUCUCCAUGUUGUCACUAAGGAAGAAUCAGGAAUUACAGUGGGAGCAGCUUGCAGCCUGACAACACUAAAAGCAACCUUAGCUGAAGCUGUCUCUGCUAUUUCUGAAGACAAAAGCAAGUUGUUCAGAGCCCUUCUGCAGCAGCUUUCCUCUCUAGGAGGUGCCCAGAUCAGAAACACAGCUUCUUUAGGGGGAAACAUCAUUAGCCGUGCUACAACCUCUGAUUUGAACCCGGUUCUUGCAGCAGGAGGCUGCAUCCUCAAUUUAACCUCAAAAGAUGGUACCAGACAAGUUCCUUUGGAUUAUUCCUUCUUUUCUGCAUCUGGACACUCCUUCCUUAAAGCUGAAGAAGUCUUGAUAUCUGUACAUAUACCAUACUCAAAGAAGGGAGAUCAUUUUUCGGCACUGAGACAAGCCCAGCGUAGAGAGAAUGCACUGCCCAUUGUCACAGCUGGAAUGAAAGUUCAGUUUGAAGAAGGCACGGACAUUAUCAAAGACAUUCGUAUAUUCUAUGGGGGAGUUGGCGCCAGCACAGUGUGCGCAAAAGCCACCAGUAAAGCACUAAUUGGAAAGCACUGGAAUGAGGAAAUGCUAGGUAAGGCCUGCCAGCUAAUCCUUGAUGAGGUUUCUCUGCCACCUUCAGCUCCUGGUGGGAUGGUUGAAUACAAGAGAACAUUGACCAUCAGCUUCUUUUUCAAAUUCUACCUGGAGGUGCUGCAGGCCCUGGGCCAGCUGGAUCCUAGUAAUCCAGAUAUCAGUGCUUUAAUGCGGUUACAGUCUUCUCCUGUGGAACAUUCUCAGACCUAUCAGAAUGUCCCUGAAGAUCAGCCCUCCCAGGACCCUGUUGGAAGACCCCUUGUUCAUCGUUCAGGAAUCAAGCAGGCCACAGGAGAGGCAGUUUACACAGAUGACAUGCCAUGUGUGGAUGGAGAGCUCUUUUUGAGAUUUGUCACCAGCUCCAGGCCACAUGCUAAAAUCAUAUCUAUGGAUUUUUCGGAAGCUCUCGCCAUGUCAGGAGUAGCUACUGUUAUAACAGCAGAUGAUGUUCCUGGCACCAAUGAGUGUUCUCAUCAUUGUGGAUCAACACCUUUACUGGCACAGGGCGAGGUUUUCUGUGUGGGACAAAUGAUCUGUGCAGUGUUGGCUGACACCCCCGAGCAUGCAAAGAAGGCAGCUGCCAAAGUGAAGAUCGUCUAUGAGGAUUUGGAGCCGGUUAUUUUCACAAUAGAGGAGGCCAUUAAUCACAAGUCAUUUUACAUGCCACAAAGACAGCUAGAGGUGGGAAAUUUAGAAGAGGCAUUUCAGACAGCUGAUCAGGUGCAUGAAGGUGAAGUCCACAUUAGUGGGCAGGAACAUUUCUACAUGGAAACACAAAGCAUCCGGGUGGUACCCAAGGGAGAAGAUAGAGAGAUGGAUGUCUACCUGGCAAGUCAGGAUCCAACAUCCACACAGGGACUUGUAGCUGCAGUGCUCAAUGUGCCUUCAAAUCGUGUUGUAUGUCAUGUGAAAAGAAUUGGAGGAGCUUUUGGUGGAAAAGCAACAAAAACAGGUUAUCUUGCAGCAAUCACUGCAGUUGCUGCCAACAAGACAAAGCGUGCAGUGCGCUGUGUUUUAGAACGAGGGGAUGACAUGUUAAUAACAGGAGGACGCCAUCCAUACCUUGGAAAAUAUAAAGUUGGGUUCAUGAAUGAUGGUCGGGUCAGUGCUGUAGAUGUGUCCUAUUACAAUAAUGCUGGAUCUACUUCUGAUGACUCUGUCCUAGUAGUCGAAGUUGGUCUAAUGGACAUGGACAGUGCUUACAAAAUACCUAAUCUGAGAUGUAAAGGAACUGCCUGCAAGACUAAUCUGCCAUCAAACACUGCUUUUCGGGGAUUUGGAUAUCCACAGACUGGAUUUGUAACUGAAACAUGGAUGAGUGAAAUUGCUAUUAAGACUGGCCUUCCAGCAGAGAAGGUUAGGGAGAUCAAUUUGCAUAGAGGGAUUGGCCAAACACACCUGAAACAGGAAAUAGAUGCUAGAACCUUGAUAAUGUGCUGGAAUGAGUGCAUAGAGAAGUCUUCUUACCAUAACAGACGACUGGCCAUUGAGGAAUUUAAUAAGCAGAAUUACUGGAAGAAGAAGGGACUGGCCAUCAUCCCCAUGAAAUUUCCUAUUGCUUCUGCUGCUAAAUUUUUUGGACAGGCUGCAGCUCUUGUCCACAUCUAUCUGGAUGGAACGGUGUUGAUUAGUCAUGGUGGGGUAGAGAUGGGACAGGGAGUCCACACAAAGAUCAUGCAGAUUGCAAGCAGAGAACUGGAGAUUCCUGUUUCAGAAGUGCAUGUUUGUGAGACCAGCACAGGUUCUGUUCCCAACACAUUAGUAUCUGGUGGCUCUCUAGGGACUGACGUCAAUGGAAUGGCCGUGAAGAUUGCUUGUCAAACUCUUAUGAAACGCCUGGAACCCAUUAAAGAGGCUAAUCCCAAAGGUUCAUGGAAGGACUGGGUAAGAGACGCAUUUUUGCAGUCAAUUAGCUUGUCUGCCACUGGAUAUUUUAGAGGAUUUGAGAGAGAAAUGGACUGGGACAAAGGAGAAGGAAAUCCAGCCUGCUACUUUGUGUUUGGAGUUGCUUGUUCUGAAGUGGAAAUAGACUGUCUUACUGGAGAUCAUAAGAAUCUCCGAACAGACAUUGUCAUGGAUGUUGGCUGCAGCAUUAAUCCGGCUGUGGACAUAGGGCAGAUUGAAGGUGCCUUUGUUCAAGGACUGGGGUUAUUUACAAUCGAAGAGCUGAGAUUCUCUCCUCAAGGAGUGCUGUACACCCGUGGGCCAGCUCAGUAUAAAAUUCCAGCAGUGUGUGAUGUCCCUGAGCAGUUCUACGUGUCCUUGCUCGCCAAUGCUCCCAACCCACACGCUAUAUAUUCUUCCAAGGGUGUUGGUGAGCCAUCUCUCUUCCUAGGCUCCUCUAUUUAUUUUGCCAUAAAAGAUGCUUUGACUUAUGCCAGAAAAGAAAGAGGAAUGUCUGAACUUUUUACCUUAAACAGUCCUGCAAGCCCAGAAAAAAUAAGAAUGGCGUGUGGUGACAAAUUCACUAACAUGAUUCCAAGAGAUGAGCCUGGUACCUAUGUUCCUUGGGCUAUCAAUAUAUGAACACUGAUCUCUGCCAAAGGGACUCUAUUAUUCAUCUGCUGCACAAAACCUUCUAUCUCAUUGUUUCAGUAACAUUAGUAUAUUAUAAAAGUAGAGCAACAUGUAUCUUUAAAUAUAGCAAGAUUCAUUUCUAAGUAUGGUAAGGAAGGAUCGUUCUUGUUCAUGGCACUGAGAAUGCUGGUACCUGGUCUUCCUUGUUAUGCUUGGCCUUUAUAAGAUUAAAGCUAUUGUUGACAUUUAAUCACAAAAAAAAUGUGUGAAGGUUAACCACUAAUCUAUCCAUGUUUGUAUAUUUUAUUAGCACUUUUGUUAUUUUUCAGUUUAGUUUUAUAGAGAGAAGAUGUUUUCUUUUAAGACCUCAUGAGUGUAAGCAUCCCAUUAACAGAUUAUCCUAAGAAGUAGUGGAUGGGAAUGUCAAAUAUCUGUCUUUACAUGAAGGGGACAAAGCUGUCAUUACUGAAGGGCAAUGCCCACAUAAACGUAUUUACAGCUUUUUUGCUUAAUCGAAUUACUCAUAAAAUUUGAAUAGUAGCUUCACCAAUAUAAUAGUCAGAAAUCACUCGCUUUAUUACAUGAACUGAAAAAAUUGUGUGGAUUUCUGUUGAUGAAAAAUAAUGUUUGUUCUUUAAUAAAUCUUAGCAUGAUAAUAAAUGAUGACAUCACCA